CAAACCAAAAUUUUAAUAAACUUUUAAAUGCCUUUUUAAUUAAAUUUUUGAGGUUUUAGAGAACUAAAAACACAUUUAAAUAUGACAACUCGAUUAUCGGGCGUCAGCGCUCGUGCGUUUAGUGCGAUGCAAGUGUUAAAUAUCGCAGAAUUAGCACAAUAUCCCGCCGAAGAAAUUCGCCCAUUUUUGCCGAGUCUCACGCGAAUGGCUUUACUUUCGCCAAUGAUGGAAAAUACGCCGGCUUGGGCUGAAUCGCGCAAACAAAUUCUCUCGAUUCUUGUGGGAGUCGAAGUUGUAAACGAUAUUGUUGCGCUCUUGCAAGUAAAUUAUCACGAGAUGGAAAUGGAGGUUAAGAAGGAACAGCAGUUGAGACAAAAAAUCGGAUAUACCCAACAAGACUCUGCCCAAUUUCACAAUUUGCCGAACGGAGUCGUUUUGGGAUUCGAAAGAGCGGAUGUUUCACGCAAAGUUCGUGUGGUUUUAUCCGAACUGUUCUACAUUCAAGCUCAAAUUCAGGAAAUGAACCAAAUGGGAGCCCAAAAGAACUUGAACGAAAUUACGAUAAAACAAUCGGAGCUCUUUGACAACGACAUCUACUUGGAAGAGCUUUCCGACAUAAUUUGCAUCGUUUUGCCCGAAUUGCCGUCGAUCAUGAGUGUGCAAGAACUCGUGGAAAUUCUCUUGUACGUCAACAACGGAAGUCAAAUUAUCACGUGGAUUGUCGCCAAUAUGCCCGAUACCUUCAAAGAUGUCGCAAAUGCCUUGGUUGCGAACGGCGAUGACGAACUUGCCGAUGGAAGACUCCGACAAGCGGCUUUGUAUGCUUUGUGCGAAAUGAAUCCGGGACAAGCGCUCACGAUUCGAACAAUGUGCGUGGAAAUGCUAAAAAUGCCUUCUUUGGCGUUGCGAUUGAGUUUGAAUGAUCCAACUGACAUGGUUUCUUUCGUUUCGGGCUUGCUGCUCGGAAAUGACCAACAAACGCGAUUGUGGUUCGCGCAAUUUGUGCGAGCAAGCCAAAAGCGGAAAAUUGACGUGCUGCAAAUGUUACGAGAUGAAUUGCUGAAACAGCUGAAAAAGUUUAAUGAGUUUUCGAGCAAUUCAGCGACAUUGCCAGAUGAAAUUGUUGUGCAAGCAGUUGCUUUGUUGAAGUUAUAUUGCGCUCUCAGAGGAAUCGCAGGAAUUAAGUUCAACGACGACGAAACCCUUUAUUUGAUGCAAUUAAUCACAUCAAAGCCCCCGCUGACGCCAGCUGGCAUCCGUUUCGUCUCUGUUGGCUUGUGCAUGCUCAUUGCCUGUCCUUCACUCAUCGCUCAACCAUCUCUCGAGGCGAAAGGCAUCGAAUGGAUCCAAAAACUCAUCAAAGACGGCGCCUAUUUCGAGACUUUAAGCGAAUCCUCUGCUUCCUUCGGCGAAAUGCUCUUAUUGAUGGCAAUCCAUUUCCACUCAAACCAACUUUCAAACAUCUGCGAACUGGUUUGCUCGACACUCGGCAUGAAAAUUCCCAUUCGCCAGAACAACACGACACGCAUGAAGCAAAUUUUCAUCCAAGAAAUUUUCACGGAGCAAGUUGUUGCCGCACAUGCGAUAAAAGUUCCCGUCACCCCGAAUCUGAAUGCAAAUAUUCCGGGUUAUCUUCCUGUGCAUUGCAUCCAUCAACUUUUAAAAUCGCGCGCAUUUUCAAAGCACAAAGUAAAAAUCAAGAAUUGGAUUUAUCGGCAAAUUUGUGCAGCAACAACGCCUUUGCAUCCCGUCUUGCCGGCACUAAUUGAAGCUUAUGUCAACUCGAUAAUUGUCCCGAAUUUGAAGGGACCCGUCGAACACACGCAUAAUCCGUUGGGAGAACAAGAGCUCCAGCGACUUUUUCAAGAUUCGCGAAUUGGAACGCAUAUCGUGACAAAAAAGGCGAUGCAUCCCUUCGAUCCUGACGCGGAGUUCAAUGACGAAAAAGACAUGGAAAAAAUUCAAGUUACGGAAAGUUUGACGGCGCAACUGCUGAUUCUCUAUUAUUUGCUGUUUUACGAAGACGUUCGAUUGCACAACAUGGUAGCGCUUGUAUCGGCAAAUCGCAAAGUCAAAAGUUACUCGAUUGAAUUUUUGUCCGAAUUGCCGAUCAAAUAUUUGCUGCAACAAGCACAAAAAAAUCAACACAACUACAGCGGAUUGUUCAGUUCGUUACUGAAACUUCUCGUCACCCAUUUUCCGCAUCUUUCGUUAGUCGACGACUGGAUCGACGAAGAAAGUAUUUUACUCCGUUCGACAACAAGCAGAAAAAUUACCGAAAAUGACGUCAAAUCAGCAUUCGAGGCACUUGAGACAUGUCCUUCGAAAACGAUGCAGCUGCUAAAAUUGAUGCUGACAAAAUCCCCAACGGAUUUAUGGCCUCUGGCGAAGACUUUUAUUCAUUACAUAAAAUUUAUACUGGAUAGCUCGGUGCCGCGACUCAUCCAAAAAGUCUACCGCCAAAUCUGGAUUCGUUUGAACACCGUUUUGCCGCGUCGCCUUUGGAUAAUGACCAUUCAAGCACUCAUGCCGGAAGAUGCUGUCACGAAAAAUUUCCUCAUGAAACAAGAAAAAAAUUCCAUUGAUGAUCCGUUGCAAGUACUGCGCUGCGACGAACGAGUUUUCCGCUGUGCUGACGUUUUAACGAUCGUUUUGCGAAUUUUACAAGCAACGUUGGCUGCUUCGAAACGACAACUCACCCGACAUAUCUUAGACAAGCCGUUAAUCGAGCGAAAUGGUCAGUUGCAAAACGAGCAAGAACGAGAAGAUCUCAAACUGGCACUUGUGGCGUCGCAGGAAAGUGCAGCGGUGCAAAUUCUGCUGGAAGCUUGUCUCGAAACGGAGAAAGAUCAGUCGUUGCCAGGAAGGAAAUGGGCGCUGCGGGAAAUUCGGGGACUUAUUUGCUCGUAUAUUCAUCAGGUUUUUAUUUCGGAGCCGUCUUUGGCGAAAUUGGUGCAUUUUCAGGGAUAUCCGAGGGAAUUGUUGCCAAUUACUGUGAGAGGGAUUCCAUCGAUGCACAUUUGCUUGGAUUUUAUUCCGGAGUUGUUGAGUAUGCCCGAAAUGGAUAAACAGAUUUUUGCGAUUGAUUUGACGUCGCAUUUGUCGCUGCAAUAUUCGCUUGUGCGAUCGUUGGGAGUGGCGAAAUUGUGUUUGAAUACGCUGACGACGUUAUUAGGAGUUCUCUCAAAUGACAUGCGAAUAGAAAUGUUUCGACCAAUCUUGCCGUGUAUCGUUCGUUUUGGCGAAGCAUUCCCGCCAUUACUCGACGACUGUGUUCUCUUUUUGAUGCAACUCGGAAGAAUUGUCGAGUCACAAAAUGCUUUGGGACGAUCGCAAUCUGUUCCCGCUCUCGUCGGUUAUCUGGGAAAGUCUCGACAUGCAAACGCAAAAUUACGACAAAUUAGCAAACUCGUGGAAGAAGUCAAGGAAACUUUUGACAAGUUGUUGAACAAAGCGGUUUUAAAUCCAAAAAUCUAUUAAAAAUAGAAAAAAAAAUAAAAUAUGAUUUAACUUUUUU